AUGUUUCACAGGUCCGAAACAGACAUUAUCGAAGAGAAUGAUUGGGAUUGGUUUGGCUUACGCUUUUGUGAAGAAUAUGAGGAAGAAGAAGGUGGGGGAGAUGACAUGGGGGAUACAGUUGAUGAAGGUGGUGGAGAUGCCAUGGGGAAUACAGUUGAUGAAGGUGGGACAUCAAGUCCGGAAAAGAAGAAAAUGGAAACUUACGAAAUAAAGGAUACCAACCAAUUUUGUAAGUAUGAUUUAUACGAAAACCCAUUGUUGUUGAGUAGAGAUGGCAUGGUUGGCCAUGUUUUUCAAUCACUGGACAUGGCUGAAGAAUUCAUUCAUGAAUAUGCAAGAUUCAUUGGGUUCAGCCUGCGUAAAAGUAUCAUGCGAAAAAAUACUACAGGUGAUGUACGUCAACGUCAGUGGGUAUGCUCCCGCGAGGGCUGGCGGUCUGAAAUGCAUGUGGGAAGGCUUGAUAGAACUAGGGAGCCUAAGCCAAUUAGUCGAGUGGGAUGCAAGGUUUGCUUUUGA